GAUAUUUGUAAUUUAAAAGAAAAAGAAGAGAAGUUGUUGAAGGAAAUUGAAGAAAAAAGCAGUUCAGAGAGUUUGCUUGAAGAAAGACUAAUGAAGGGGAAGUCUGAGGUGGAAGGGUUCAAAAAAGAACUUUGUCAAAGUUUGCAACGUUCCAUGGAGUUGGAAAAGUCUUGUUCAGAUCUCAGGAAAGCUGCUGAAGAAACUGGGAAGGAAAAGGAUUUGAAAUUGGAAAGUUUGGAACAAGAAAUAAAAUGUUUGAGGAAAUCGAUUGAAACAUCUGAAAAUGAUUAUGAAGAAAAACUUAGUUUAAAAAUUCAAGAAUUUGAUUCUGUGAAAGAGAAAUGUAAAGAAGUAACUUGGGAGCUGGAGUCUGUUAAAAGACAAAACGUUGAAUUGCUUGAACAGUGUGCGGCUGGUAAGGAGAGAGUUUGCCAUUUGGAAGAAAAAAUUGAACUGAAAGAAAAUGAAUUUUCAGUGAAAAGUGAAGACUUGGAAAAAAUAAAGCUGGAGCUGUGUUUCGAACUUGAGAAAAAUACAAAUUACUCGGAAGAAACAAAAAAACUUGAAAAUGAAGUGAAAUCUUUGCAAAGUCAUGCUAUGGAAUUGCAGUCUCAGCAUGAAUCAACAUUAAAUGGAUAUUGUGAAAAGUUACGAGUUACUGAAGAAACAAAUAAAGUGUUGGAAGAAGACAUCAGUGUUGCCAAGUUAAAGUUAGAAACUUAUUUCGCAGCACUGGAAGAUAAAACAAUGAAAAUAUCAGAGUUGGAACGAAACAUUGAAUGUUUGGAGUUGAAGUUGAGAGAAACUGUUGAAGUUUUGAAUGAAACUAAAUUGAAACUUGGAUCAGUAGAGUCUGAGAACUCAACGUUAAAAUAUGGGAUUAAAAAUUCUGAAUCUGGUUUGAAAACUCGUGUUAGUGAGUUAGAAGCAACCUUGGUUGAAAGGGAGAUGUAUGAGGAACAUAUGAAAGAAGAGAAUGUUAAAUUGAAAGAUGUUUUAUCUUUAAAUGAACAGAAAUUGCAAGAUUCGUUGGCAGAAGAAAGAAGAUUGAAAUGUGAGAUUAAAACUUUGGAGAAAGAUAAAGAAAGCUUGAAACAACAUUCUAUUUCCAUGGAAACGAAGAUCACUGAACUGAAACAGCAGUUAUCAGUUGCCAUAACAACCAUCGAUAAACUGCAAGCUGAACAGCGCCUACAUGUGGAUGCUGUUACACUCGCCGAGAAAGAAAAUAAAGAAGUUCGUAGCGAGCUUGAAUCUACGAUCCAUAAACUGAAGGAUGAUCUCGAAAAAUCAAGUUUGAAGAUCAGCAACGAAGAAAUGGAGGUUGAACAACUUAGAAGGAAACUGGAGGAUUCUAAUUUGAAUUAUGAAGCUUUGAAGGGACAAAGUCAAGAUGCUGGAAAUGCGAUUGAAGAAAAAUCUGUUUUAGAGGAAAAGUUGCUCGAAAUCAGAAUAGAUUUCGAUUCAAAAGUAACAGAAAACGAUGAAAUAUCGGGGGAGAAUUUUAAACUUGAAAAUGAGGUUUCUAUGUUGCUUAAAAAUAUCACGGAAGCACAAAGUCAUCAUGACUCGAUGGUUUGUGGGUUGAAAGAAGAUAACCUUGGGUUGGUGGGUAAAGUGGGAGUGUUGGAAAGUGAAGUGGAUCGGUUGAAGAGGGAGGGUGCAACAGUGGUGGAACAGCUGGAAAGUGAAGUGGAUCGGUUGAAGAGGGAGGAUGCAAUAGUGGUGGAACAGCUGGAAAGUGAAGUGGAUCGGUUAAAGAGGGAGGGUGCAACGAUGAAAGAAGAGCUGGAAGGUAAACAUAAUGAAGUCGCAAACCUGAUGAAACAACUUGAAUCAACUGAAUUACAAGCGUCAACUUUGUCUGCGAUGGUAGCGGAGUUGGAAGCAGCACGUGAUGUUCAUGUGGGGGAAUAUAAACAACUGGAUGAUCAAUUAACAAAGGUUAGGAGCGACUUCAAAACAGAGGUAGCAACCCUUGAGGAACGAAAUAAAUCCUUGGAACAAAAGCUUGAAGCUUCCUCUGAUGAUAUGAGGGUUAAAGACGAAUAUAUUGUGUGUGAGAAACGCGAGGCGGAAGAAUUACGAGCGAGGCUUUCAGUGGCUGUGGCGAACAUUGAGGAGUUAGAGGGAUUUAAGGGACAGUUCUCGGAGAUUGAAAACCGCCAUAAAAACCUCGUAUCUGAGUACGAGUGUAUGGAGGUUGAGUUGUUGAGGGUAGGUGGGGAGAAUGAUGAUCUGAUGGUGGAUGUUGGAAGGUUGAAGGAGGUUGUAGAGGAGAGGGAAGGUGAAGUAAAGGGGAUGAGGGAGAAACUUCAUCUGCUGGAGAAUGUUGUGAGCGAAGCUGAAACGAGCAACUCACAAAUGUCCACGGAGCUUCGGAAGUUAAACGAAGCCAUCCAGCGAGAAUCCUCCAUCUCUAAGAGGAGAAUCAGCUCCAUGGAAGAUGAGAAUGAAGAUCUAAGGAGGGAGGUGGGAGUUCUCCAGUUGGAGGUUGAUGGAAUGAAGAAAGAGGAGCAGGGAGCAAAGGAUGCGAUGAUGAUGAGCGAGGAUCGGAUCCGGUUAUUGGAAGAUGAAGUUGUGAUCUUGGAGAGGGAGAAGCAAAAGUUGGAGGAUGCUAAUGAUAAAUUAAAAGAUGAUCACUCUCGUCUCCAACUGGAUGUUGCACAGUUGAGAGUUGAUCUUGAAGAUGCGGGAUCAUCAUUACAGAGGAUGGGGGAAGAUAAAGACGGUUUGAUCCUUCAAGUUGAGAGGUUGACGAACAAUCUGUUGGAAUCUUCACAUAAUCUUCAUGAAUUGCAGUUGGUGUUGGAUGAUCAAAAACUAAAGAUUGAAGACAAUGAACAAACAAACAUUGUUACGAUGUUGGAUCUUCAAACCACCAAUGCUGGCCUUACAAGGAAGGUUUGUGAUGUCACAGAGAAACUCAUUCAAGCGGAACAACGCGAACAAAACUUCGAGUCACGGUUCAGUGAGUUGGAAGCGAGGUCAUUGAAGCGCGACAUUGAGUUGGACGAAGCAUCCAAGAAAGCCGUCGUGGAUUUUAAUCUUAUGCGGAAGGAGGUUGAGGUUUUGGAAGCAAAUAACGUCAAACUAACCGAGGAAAUCGAGAAUUUAAAAAUCAACGAAGUUUUAUCGGACUCGAAGCUCGAGUCUGCGUUGGAAUCGCUCAUGCACGCAAGGGAGGAACUCAACCGUGAAGUUACGCGGAACGAGGAAUUGAAGAAGCAAGUUGAGGGUUUGCAGUCACGUUGUAAUGAUAAUGUAGUAAAGCAACUAACGGAGGAAAAGCUAAAGUUGGAAAAAGAAGUUGAAAAAAUAACGGAAAACUUAAACUGAUGACGUUAACAGCUCGUCGUAAAGAGAAAGAGUUGAUUCGAUUCCAACAUUCCUUCAAACCUCCUGUGCACUCAACCGAUAAGUCACAUGACUCAGAAUCCAGCCAAUCAGGGCACAGCAAAGUUGUGAGGAGGAAAUCACCUCGUAAAAGUGGGGGCAAAUCCCUUCGAAUGUUGGUUCAUAACGACAGCGAAUCCACCCUCGCACCCUGUGUAUCGGAAGGAACAUCAGGGUCAGCUUCACCUGUUUAUCAACUUGAAGGCUUGCCUCAUUUGGUUAAGAAAGGUUUUGCCGACAUACCACAAGGCUUCUCCAGCCCCCAUGUUAUGCGACGACAAAACUUGACCAAAACCAAAGUUCUCGUUGCUGAAGCAUUGGCAAGUAAGAAGCAGCCAUCUCAUGCACAAG